GUCCGCACGUAUAUACCCCACCUCUGGGGGACAUGUGCCAGUGUACUUUCUUUCCACAAGCUUCUUAUCAGCCAUUAGAGGGCCAUUUGCGUUCUGUGGGAUGAAUGGAUCAAUCCCUGCUGCUCCAAACAGCGGUCGCUGCUAAAACCAGGUACCAAAGCAGCAUUCAACGAAGCGACUUGGACACGGCCCAAAAUGCCUACGUGGCAAUACUCGCGGAAUUACCCCCGGAUCAUGUCGACAUCCCGGCGCACAAAAUCGCCCUGGCUGAGGUCCUCAUUAUGUUAGGGGAUUUUACUGGAGACAUUCAGCAUUACCAGGACGCAGUGAAAUUCGCCAAGGAAGCUGUGGCGGCUACUCCACCUGGCGAUCCACUUCGACCCGAUAGACUGACAGUCCUGGGCAUUGCCUAUCAAGAACAAUGGAGUCGAGUUCGCGACAAAGGGACGCUCCUCGCAUCGUUCGAACCGCUGGACCUCGCCCUACAGCUCGCCGAUAGCCAUCAUCCUCAACUAGCAAUUAUCUUGUCUGCUCGCGGUCAGACAAGUGAACAUAUUUCCGAACAUGAGGUCGGGGAAGUGCAACUUCAGCACGCACGCGACGGUGUCGUCUAUCAGCAACGAGCUGUCGAGUAUCUUUCCGAUGAUGAUGAUGAGCGAGCUGCAGUUCUACGCAAUUAUGCUGGUGCACUCAUAACGUUCAAUGCGCUUGCGCCACAGGAAGAACAACGAUUAGACGACGCAGUCUCUCUGGCGCAUGAGUGUGUUCGUUUAACGGACCAACACAACUAUCGACGUUAUCGCCGAUGGAACAUCUGCGCCAUGGCCCAUCAUCAACGUUGGCGAUUUCGAGGGAAUGCGUGGAUCGACGAUAUGCACCAAGCUCUACAAUGCACGUUGGAAGCCGCCCAAUGUGUCCCAAGAGAGCAUCGAGGCUGGCUUAUGAUCCGGUUCAACUUGAGCGCAAGUAAAGUGGAACGAUAUGAGAUCCUUGGGGAUCUCGAAGAACUGGAGACAGCGAUCCAAGAUUUGAAAACUCUCAUUCCAUAUCUUCCAGAAACCCAUCCACACCGGUCGGCUCGUUUGACCUACCUCGGCAAGGCUAUGUUUCAGUCAUUUCGAAACCGCGGUCUCCCCAGUUUGCUCGAUGAAGCAAUUGCUUUUCAUGAAGAGGCUGUCGAGCGUGCUUCGCCGGCUGAACAAUGGCGAUAUCGCCAAGAUCUUGGGGAAGCACUUUUGGAACGUUAUCUCCAUCAACGGGAUCCGUCUGCCUUGGACGCGGCAGUGAAGGCUUUCGAGGAGGCCCUGGAUGGUGCUUUACCACAUCAGCGCUUUCAUGUUAUGGCCAACCUUGCACAUGCACUGACAACUCGGUACGAUUCCCAUCGCUAUGAUCAGCAGCAGAGUAUCGAAGAUUUGGAUAGAGCCAUUCAAUACUUCGAGCAAGUCAUGGCUGUGGAUAAUCAGGUUUUCGACGUAUCUCAGGUCUCGGACGGUUAUGGACUAGCCCUUCUAGCACGGUCCCGCGAAAUGGUUCAUGUAGAAGGAUUGAUGACCGCAAUUCGGAUGUUCAACAAAGCAAUUACUACAGCACCUGAAAGCCAUCCAUCUUUGCCCAAAUACUACUGCCAUUGCGGAAGGGCCCAUCUACUUGUAUAUUAUGCGACUGGUGCAUUGACCGCACUCGAACAAUCCAUCAACGCCUUGAAGACAUGUCUGCGGUUCACUCUACCGGGCCAUCCCCUUUCAGCACAUCAUCAACAUCAGCUCGCUAUAUCCCUUCUCCAUCGCUUUGGCAUUACGCCCUACCAGACAGACCUGAUUGAGGCCAGCGCCCUGCUUAAAGCGGCGUCUGACGAUGAACACUCCUUCGUAAUGGACCGAUGGACCGCAGCUAGAGAUAGGGCGAAACUUCUCCAUGACCAUUUUCCAUUAAAUCCCGCUGCACUUGAAUCAUAUUCCACAGCCAUUUCGCUUCUUCCACGAGUAGCAUGGUUGGGGCUGGAAGAUCAUAUCCGGUAUGAGACUGCCCAGCAGUGGAUAUCGUUGGGCAAUGACGCCGCCGCCUGUGCAAUCAUGGCAAAUCAACCGGAGCGCGCUAUUGAAUUCCUAGAGAAUAGUCGCUCCGUACUCUGGAAUCAGCUUUAUCAGCUCGGCCAGAGCCAUGAACAAGUGCGUGAAAUAGCACCGGAAUUAGUUGAUGAGAUGGAUUCCGUUGGCCGAGCGUUGGAGGCGAAUAUGCGGACAAUCUUUCAAGCGCCGGAAAAGCAGGAGCGCCAAGCACAGGAGAUCGAACAAGCUGCCCGGGCGAGGAGACGCUUGGCGGAAAGAUGGGAUCAUCUCAUGGCGAAGGUUCGAGUGCUCAGAGGGGCUGAAAAUUUCCUUGGUUGGUCCACAUUUCAAGACUUACGCGGAGCGGGUGACAGGGGCCCGGUUAUUGCAAUCAACAUCAGUCGUUAUCGGUGCGAUGGUAUCAUCAUCACAAAGAGUCGCCCACCGCAUGUGUUCCCCUUGCCAGCUGCUAGGAUGGAGGUGGUUGAGAUGUGGGCGAAGCAAUUCAUAGUCUAUCUUUCUGGAUGCAAGGAUCCGCAAGGUCUCUUUUUCGCCGACCAGGAAGUGUCUCAAAUACUGCACAUGCUAUGGCGAGAUAUCGGCAUGCCCUUAUGUCAACAGGUUCAGCGGUUCUUGACCAGAGGGCAGCAAACCCGAGUUUGGCUCAUGCCGACUGGCGCUCUGGGCUCCCUACCCCUUCAUGCGGCGAUGGCAAACGGACAUCCCCGCUUCGGAGUUCAGGACGUCAUGAUACCAUCGUACACCCCAACACUUUCUGCGAUGAUCAGGGCUCAGCGACAACGUAAGAAUGGUCCUUUCAAGAUGCUUGCAGUAGGGUGUCCAAACUCGAGAGGACACAAGCCGUUACCGUGCUGGCCAGACGAGAAAGCGACAAUACACAAGCAUAUUCCCCCGCAAAAUAUCACCGUGAUAGAAGGCACGAGUGCAACCGUAGGACACGUGCUGAAAAACUUACCGGAGCAUAACUUUCUACAUAUCUGCUGUCACGGAGAGCACGAGUGGCAAAACCCUUACAAAUCUCACCUCGCGUUAUGGGACGGAAAUCUCACACUCCGCAGCAUAUCUCACCAGAGGUUCGAACUAGCGGACUUCGCUUUCCUGUCGGCUUGUCAUACCGCUCGAGUCGAUCCCAGAGCACCUGAUGAAGCAGUUCACCUUGCUUCUGGAAUGAAUCUUGCAGGGUUCAAGAGCAUCAUAGCAACCAUGUGGGGUAUCGCGGAUAUG